AUGCCUGCAACUCCUGCAUCCACUUCUGGCACUCUGAAUGCCAGAAGCCAUUACCGACCCCUGAAGCUGAGCCUUGGAACUAUUUCCUGCACAUUGGCAAUGGCUGGAUCGCGGGUCCGUGCAUGCAUCUCUCAAUAUCAGACGGAAGCUGCCAACAAUGGUCUAUCUUCUGACCGGAUAAAGUAUUUUAAAGCUGGGCUGCAAUGGGAGAUGAAUACUUUUGUCACACCACUCCUGCAGUACUCAGCUUCACAGAAUAUCGUGUCGGUUCUUCCGGUCCCUGUUGCUUAUAUCCUCAAGUUGUAUCCCAUGCUAACCUGGAACACGGUUCCGGACGACGUCUUUUCAUUCCACCUCCUUUCAUUUGAUGAUGAGGCAAUUGCAGGACAUCCGUCCCGGAUUUGGGAUGAAAUAAUGGCUUCCUGCGUCUCUCACUACCAGUAUUGGGCGCUUAAUGUUGAGGAUGAUGCUUUGGUUCUUCCAGAGAAGUUGAGAAACACUUCGACUCCACCACUUAUGGGACUGAGGUGGAUUAAAGAACACAUGGAAGCAUUGAUGGAGGAGCAAGAUGAGGGCAUCAAAGCCAAGAUGGCAGAGGUGAAGAUGUACACUGACAUGUUAGAGAAAUUGAGGAAAGGCAAAGGAGUGUAG